AUGGAGUACCAGAGAAAACUGCAGGAGAUCCACAGACUCAAACAACUGCUGGAUCUACUGAUGGUGGACCUACAACUGGCCCACGACAGAGACAGAUCAGAAGAAAGAGAAUGGAGAAGAGACAGAAAAUUAUGGAAAGAGAAGAAGAGAGACAGAGAGAGAUUGAAAGAGAGAUUGAAGAAGAAAGAUAAGCAAAAAGAGAUGGAAGAGGACGAACGAGAGAGGGAGAAAGAGAGACAGAGAGAGAUCAAAAGAAAGAGAAUGGAGAAGAGACAGAAAAUUAUGGAAAGAGAAGAAGAGAGACAGAGAGAGAUUGAAAGAGAGAUUGAAGAAGAAAGAUGUAAACAGAAGCAAAUUGAGAUGGAAGAGGAAGAACGAGAGAGGGAGAAAGAGAGACAGAAAGAGAUUGAAAGAGAGAAUGAAGAAGAACUAUUUGAACAGAAGCAAAAAGAGAUGGAAGAGAACGAACAAGAGAGGGAGAAAGAGAGACAGAGAGAGAUCAAAAGAAAGAGAAUGGAGAAGAGACAGAAAAUUAUGGAAAGAGAAGAAGAGAGACAGAGAGAGAUUGAAAGAGAGAUUGAAGAAGAAAGAUGUAAACAGAAGCAAAUAGAGAUGGAAGAGGAAGAAAGAGAGAGGGAGAAAGAGAGACAGAGAGAGAUCAAAAGAAAGAUAAUGGAAAAGAGACAAAAACAUAUCGAAAGAGAAGAAGAGAGACAGAAAGAGAUUGAAAAGAGAAUGAAGAACAACUAUUUAAACAGAAGCAAAUAG